AACUAUUCAAUUGGCGUUGGAGCUUUGCUUAGAAGGAGAAAAGUCUAUAAAUACUUUAAGCCCCCUUACGGUUGAGUUCAGUUUGCAUAUAUCUCUCUCUCUAGUCUCUCCCUCAUAUUACUCAGCUCAAGAAUACACUCACUUAUCACUUUAUCAGUACAAUCAUUUAUUCAGAUUAAAACCAUUUCAUACCUUUUUCUUCCCAUCGAACCGCUGAUCAGCCGCUGCCGGCCCAGAAAUAAUGAACAGGAGAAGAAGCAAUGCAACGAUUAAGGAGAAGACAGAAGGGUUGGGUGAAGCGUGGAUGCCAUACUCGAUGCCGGCCUUGUCCAUUGAUCCUUCCGACUAUCCCAAGCAAAACAAACUAUCUAUGCGAUCCAACCCUCCUCAACACUACAAAGGAAUCAAGAAGAUGGCAAACAAGGUUUCGAGCUUCUCUCAUCUGAUCCAAAGAUUCACCACCUCCUGCUUGGUCCACCCAUUCCAAACCGACCGCCUCGCCGGCGGCCAGGUCGGCGAUGAAUUCGACGACGACAUGGACGCGGAAGAGUACGACGACCAAGAAGAGGAGCAGAGCAUGGUGUGGGAAGGAGGGAAGUUCAAGGGCGAGCUGAGAACCGAGAGGGUAAUCGAGAUGGAGAUUAUUAUGGGGGAAGUUUUCGACUCCGUCAUGGCUAUGAAGACCGCCUAUAUCAGCCUCCAGGAGGCGCACAGCCCCUGGAAUCCAGACAAGAUGACGGACGCUGACAUGGCGGUGGUGGCGGAGCUCCAGAGGCUGGGCAUGUUGAGGGAGAAGUUCUGGUGCAGCCUUGGAGGAAGCGCCGGCAAGGGGAAAUGCAAAAUCGGGGCGGCGACACUGAGGGAGGUGGUGGCUCCGUACGAGACGGCGGUGGAUGAACUGAGGAACAAACUGAAGGCGAAAGAAGCAGAGGUUGGGGCUCUUAAGGAAAAGCUUAAAACCACUUCGUCCUUCAUCAACUCCGGGAAGAAGUCAACCAGUACGAAUGCCAAGUCUAAUGGAAAAGUCAAUUGCACUACUCAAGCAAAAGUGAUGAUGUCGCCGGAGCCAGCGCCGGAGCUCUUCGAAAGCACGAUGGGCUUAGUGAAAGAAGCAUCGAAAUCCUUCACGGCUUCGCUUCUCUCCCUGAUGCGGGCAGCGAGCUGGGACAUUGGUGCGGCCGUGAGAUCAAUCGAAGCAGCCUUCUCCCCCGCCGCUCCAACCGCCGUCUGCCCGACGGACUCAAUAAUCGGGUCGAACCACGCGAAGUACGCGCUGGAAUCGUACGUGAACCGCAAGAUGUUUCUGGGGUUCGACAACGAGACAUUCAACAUGGACGGCGGCCGGUUCAGCCCGCUCCUCCACCAGGACCAGCACCGCCGCGACAGCUUCGGGCAGUACCGGGAUAUGAGCGGUCUGGACCCGGUGGAUCUCCUCGGGGUCCUGCCCAAUUGCAGCUUCGGGACGUUCUGCUUCAAGAAAUUCCUGGCACUGGUGCACCCGAAAAUGGAGGAGUCCCUGUUCGGAGAUCUGGAGCAGAGGCGCCUGGUACUCGCCGGAAAACAUCCGAGGACCCAAUUCUACGGCGAAUUUCUGGCGCUGGCUAAGGCGCUGUGGCUGCUGCAUUUGCUGGCGUUUUCGAUGGAGCCGCCGCCGAGCCAUUUCGAGGCGAACAGGGGAUCCAAGUACCACUCGCAGUAUAUGGAGAGCGUGGUGAAGUGUUCCAGUGGGAUCGGAGGAAGAUUGGGGAUGGGUCUGGUUGUCGGGUUUCCGGUUAGUCCCGGGUUUAAGCUUGCUAAUGGGUCAGUUGUUAAGAGCAGAGUUUAUGUUGUCUCUAAUAAUGGUAUUUAAAUUAAAUGUUAGAUUUCGUGAUUUCAGUUGUUAUUUGGUUUGUAAAAGGUUUUAAUUUUAAUGGACCGUGGGAGUAUUUCAAUGGGAAUUCGAGAAUCAAUAAAUUGCAGUUUCUUAUUAUAUACAGGCUUUUAUUUGUUCAACAAAACUUAUGUAUUGUUUUAUUCAAGACAAUG